CCAUUAUGCCGGACAUACGCUUAAUAAUUUGGAGCUGCGGACUCCUUUGUCUCAUCUCCCUCGGCCAGGGAUACGAAGUUCCAAAGGCCAAGAUUGAGGUCUUCUACCCCAAAGGAUUUGAGGUGUCUAUACCGCAUGAGGAAGGAAUCACGCUGUUUGCUUUCCACGGAAAACUCAAUGAGGAGAUGGAGGGCCUGGAAGCGGGAACGUGGGCCCGGGACAUUGUCAAGGCGAAGGAAGGGCGCUGGACCUUCCGAGAUCGGAAUGCAGUGCUGAAGCCCGGAGAUAUUUUAUACUACUGGACGUAUGUAAUCUACAAUGGAUUGGGUUAUCGCGAAGAUGACGGGUCAUACGUGGUAAAUAGCUACAGCGGCAACAACAGUCCAGCAAUCACACCGCGUCCUCCAGUUUCCCCGGACUCGACUACCUCGUGGACAUUUCCCUCUGUCCCGGACAUUGAUAUCCGGAGCGGGUGCGACAUGCCGAAGACCCAAGUCAAUGGAGCACCUACCCGUUGCGCCGGUCAACUGGUUUUCGAGGAUGAAUUCAGUGGCAGUAAUCUAGACCCAUCCAAGUGGAAAGCAGAGCGCAGGUUUUCCGGAGAGCCCGACUACGAGUUCAACGUUUAUGUCAACGAUAAGGACACCAUUUGUUUGGCCAAUGGUCAUGCCAUUUUCGCCACCAACACCAUGAAGAAGCAUUUCCACCGUGGAACCACCGAUGCCUUGGAUCUGGGCGAAUCCUGUACCGGAGCGGCCAACACCAACGACUGCGUUCGGAAUGGUAGAACUCGAAACGAUGGACUUCCACCGAUGGUAACAGCUCAAAUAACCUCCAAGCAGGCAUUCUCUUUCAAAUUUGGACGAGUUGAGGUGCGCGCCAAGAUGCCCAGGGCCAACUGGGUAACGCCACAGAUCUGGCUUCAGCCCAAGUAUCCCGUUUAUGGGGAGGACAACUACAAAUCGGGACAAAUAAGGAUAGCCUACACCCGACCAUCCAAGGGAAAAAUUGAUCUAUACGCGAAUGCCGUACUUAUUGGCGAUGAACCGCUGCGAUCCGCCAAGAGAUGUGUAAAGAUUGGCACGGGGGACACCGCCGAGGAUUGGAGCGACAGCUUCCACAACUACACUCUUGAAUGGACACCGCGUCAGAUCCGUUGGUUAGUGGAUGGCCAGGAGUUUUGUGUCCAGAGCAGCGAAAAAGCUUUCAGCGAGACUAGUGUGGGCGGAACGCGAUUGCCACAAACUUCAAAACUGGAGGAGGGCAGUGGCCUGGCGCCAUUCGACCAGGAGUUCUACCUGACCUUCGGCUUGAGCGUGGGCGGUUUCAAUGAGUACCAGUUCGAUGAGAAGACAUGGAACGAGAAGGCUCCGCAGGCCCAAAAGGAUUUCUGGAAGGCCGUUAAGCCGAUGCGGGACCAUUGGUUGGAUGAGGGUCAAAUGAAAAUUGAUUUUGUAAAAGUGUAUACCAUCUGAAAUCGUAAUUUUAAUAAAUAAAUAUUUCUUAAUAUA